AUGUUCUUCAUCUCGGAUCGAGCUAUGCUGGAACAUUAUUGUCCAUGGGAUACGUACCAUAUUGAAGUUCCUGAAAGGCUCGAAGUAAUUUUGGAUACAUUAGAGAAGUACAACAUUUCGUCAGCAGUGGAGCGACUUCAACCAAGAGCUGCUACUGAAGAAGAAAUCGAAAUGGUUCAUACAAAGCACUAUAUUUCUGAAAUCAAGCGGACCAGAAAUAUGAACGAGAAAGAACUGGAAGAAUUCUCAUCGCAUUAUGAAGACAUUUAUGUGAACAGGAAGACAUUUGAUUGUUCAAUGCUUGCAGCAGGUUGUGUCUUUGAACUGAUAGAUGCAGUUAACCGCACCGGGAAAUCUGGUUUUGCGGCCGUACGUCCCCCUGGACACCAUGCAUUUCCUGAUAAAGGUUGCGGUUUCUGUAUAUUCAACAAUGUGGCUCUUGCGGCAAAACACGCUUUGAAGCAGGGCCAUUCGCGGGUUUUGAUUGUGGACUGGGAUGUUCAUGCUGGUCAAGGGACUCAGGAGUGUAUCAGUGAUGACGACCGAAUUCGACUGAUCUCAAUUCAUCGCUUUCAACAUGGCCAUUUCUGGCCGAAUCUGCCACAGAGUGCUGUAAAGACCAAAUUUGCGAAUACCGUCAAUGUUCCUCUCAAUGAUGUUGGUAUGAGCGACACUGACUAUUUGGCGAUCUUCCAACUCAUUGUCCAUCCCAUUAUCAACGAUUUCAAGCCCGAUAUCAUACUCGUCUCAUGUGGUUUCGAUGCUGCAUUGGGCGACCCGGAAGGUGAAAUGCGAUUGACCCCUGCAGGUUAUGCUACCCUCACACGUCAACUGAUGUCGUGGGGCAUACCGAUGGCCAUGAUUUUUGAGGGUGGUUACUUUUUGGAUUCAAUCGCUGCUGAUUUUGAAUGGGUCAUGGCAGCAUUGUAUGGCUAUGAGAUACCCCCCGUGAAACUCGAGCCACUGAAUCCAACGCUUGCUCCGGUGAUCAAUCGGGUGUUCAAGGUCUUCGGUACAACUUAUCCAACCCUAGCUUUGCUUGAGACAAUAAAGCAGCUUCUGAAGCCAACCUCUGGUGGUGUUAUGCCUCACGAACCUGCUGAGUAUGAAGGAACUCGACAGUUCACUCUACCUUUUCCAACUCGUGGUCUUUACUCCGAAAGGAGCAGUGAAGUGGUUGCGGAGUUUAGUGAGGAGUUGCGCAAAAUCAUUGCAGGCUACCAGGGAACAGAUUCUUAUAGGGCGAGUCCUUGA